AUUUCCUGAAGUGAGCGCGGGCUCACCAGCCUCAUUUGUCUGUCGCACACCUGGAAGCUUCAGCUCCAACCACAACCUCCAUCUGUCAUCCUCCCUCGCCGCCGUCUGCGAACCCUCCCUCUCCCCAGCGCUCUGCCGCCGCCGCAACCACGAUACACCGGCCGACACAAAUCGACCCUCUCGCAUCGCGCCCCACCGUCACAAACGCGCAGACAGGCCUCCCUUUGCCCUCCAUCGCCAUGCAACGGGCGUCGUACGGGCAGUCGCCCCCGUUGCACCACCCCGUGCCGCAGCACGUUUCCACAGUACCCCAGCUGCGGUCGCCGCCGCCGCCGCCCGGCUCGGCGCAGUCGCAUCAGCAGGGCUACGGCGGCACGCCCUACCAACAGCAGGGCGGGUCGGCGGGCAACGUGUUUGGCGCCUACGGGCAGUUCAUGAACGACCCGACGGCGCAGGUGGCCGCGCAGUUUGGGCAGACGGCCUUUAAACAUGGCCAAGAAUACGUCGAGCAGAAUUUUGGCCGCUAUGUCAACGUCUCGGCGCUAAAACACUACUUCAACGUCUCUAACUCGUACGUCGUCAACAAGCUCUUCCUGGUCAUCUUCCCCUGGCGGCACAAGCCCUGGUCGCGCAAGCAGGCCGUCGGCGCGAAUGGCCAGGAGGGCUGGUACCUGCCUCCGCGGGAGGACAUCAACAGCCCCGACAUGUACAUUCCAGUAAUGGCCCUCGUCACAUAUAUUCUUCUCUCGACCCUGAUCGCGGGUCUGAGGGGCCAGUUCCAGCCGGAGCUGCUGGGGUACACGGCGACGACAGGGCUGGUGGUUGUCAUCGUCGAGAUAGUGGCGCUGAAGCUCGGGUGCUAUCUGUUAAGCAUCUCAAGCCAGUCGCAACUCUUUGAUCUCAUUGCGUACUCGGGUUACAAGUUUGUCGGCAUCAUUGUCACCAUUGUCGUGGCUGAGCUGGUCAACGGUGGCAAGGGCACGGGCGGCUGGGUCGGCUGGGCGGUCUUCUUCUACACGUUCCUGGCCAAUUCGCUCUUCCUGAUGCGCUCGCUCAAGUACGUCCUCCUCCCGGAAUCAGCGGGCAACACCGGCGGCCCGAUGCAGACCGACUCAAGGGCCAAGCGGAACCAGAGGACGCAGUUCCUCUUCUUCUACUCUUACAUUGUGCAGCUAUUCUUCAUGUGGAUUCUCACCAGGGCUUGAGCGGACAUGGCGAAUGGCGACGAACUGGAGGGGCGAGAGGCGUCCGAUUGGAGGUCGCACGGGUGAUGUUUCGGUGUCAGCAUAGACUUUGAGCGGCAAAAGCCGCAUGGCUGAUUCACGUAAGCACCCAGACAGGAAUUUACCUGUCUCAUGAUGAUGGACGACCUGAAGAAGGGACGAGGGCAAGGCCUUGAGGACAAGAGCUGCUGCGCAUCCGCCAUCUGAGGGGUGGCUGAGCCGGGCGGGCGGGGACGUUUUCAUCAGCGGGCGACGGAGUCAUUAGCAUAUAGACAGGAUGACGAAAAAAAGAUGAC